AAAAAAAAAAAUAUUUGGGAUUAUAAUGUUGAAGAAAAUCAAGCCAAAAAAUGCACGCUCGAAAAGAGCUUUACAAAAACGAGAACCAAAAAUUGAAGAAAAUGUAAAGAAAGCAAUUUUUAUUCGAAGUAGCUCAACAAAUCAAAUAGUGAAUGAAGCAUUAUCAGACUUAUGUAAAUUAAAAAAACCGGACGCGAUAAAUUUUACUAAAAAGAAUAACACAAUACAUCCAUUUGAUGACGACACUUCAUUAAAUUUUUUUUAUGAAAAAAAUGAUACUUCAUUGUUUGUUAUUGGUUCUCAUUCAAAAAAACGUCCGAACAAUUUAACUUUUAUUAGAAUGUUUGAUGGUCAAAUACUCGAUAUGGUUGAAGUUGGUAUUGAAAAUGCUAAACCGUUAAGUGAAUUCAAGACUUCAAAAUGUGCUAUUGGAAUAAAACCUUUGUUUUUAUUUGUCGGUGAUUUAUUUGAAAAUUCUUUAGUAUAUAAAACUUUUAAAAAUAUGUUACUAGACUUUUAUCAUGGCCAAACUGUGAAGAAUAUUAAUUUAUCAGGUUUAGAACACGUUAUCUCCGUUACAGCUAUUGAUUCUUCAGAACAAUCAAAUGAUCCUAGAGCUAUGCCAGGAAUUAUUUAUUUUAGGGUAUAUACCAUACAAUAUAAAAAAUCUGGUGAAAAAACCCCGAGAGUUGAGUUAGAAGAAAUGGGUCCAAGUUAUAAUUUUAGAAUUAGAAGAUUUAAAUUUGCUAAUGAUGAUGUUUAUAAAUUUUCCACAAAAGUCCCUAAAAUUAAUAAGCCAAAGAAAAUCAAAAAUAUUGAUGUUAAUGAAAUGGGUGAUAAAAUUGGUCGUAUUCAUCUUGGCAAACAAGAUUUAAGCAAAUUACAAACAAGAAAAAUGAAAGGUCUUAAACGCACUACUGAUGAUUAUACAGAAGAUGAUCUUGAAGAGAUGGAAGACGUUGUUCCUUCAAUCAAAAAGCAAAAGUCCUCUUAACAUUUUUUUUCGGUUAUUAGCAUAAUUUUUUUUUCAUUCGAUAACAUAAACAUAGAAAGCAAAAACUGAAUAAAAAAUCCUAAAUAAUAGCAGGUA